AUGGGCAAUGCUUUGAGAGCAAUCAUUGCCUUUCUCCCUUCGGAUGACUGCCAGAAAUACAUCCUGGGGGACCUUGAAGAGAUGCCAGCUGAUAAAAUGUUGGAUCUGAGUGGCAGGCAAGUGAGACGGUUUCCACUUCGCGUUUGUUCUUUCAGGGAGCUGGUCAAAUUGUACCUGAGUGACAACAAUCUGAAUCAUCUGCCCUCUGAGCUAGAACAGCUACAGAACCUCCAGAUCCUGGCACUGGAUUUCAACAACUUCCAAACACUGCCCCCAGUGGUGUGCACCUUGAAGCAGCUGUGUAUCCUUUACCUGGGCAAUAACAAACUAGGAGACCUGCCUGUGGAGCUUCGCCAGCUGCAGAACCUUAAGACGCUAUGGAUUGAGUCCAACUGUCUGUAUCACCUGCCCAAUGUGGUGUGCGAGCUGAGGCAGCUCAAGACUCUUCACGCCGGGUCGAAUGCGCUCCACUCCCUGCCUGGACAGCUUCAGUACCUGAAGGACUUGCGCACCAUCUGGCUCUCAAGCAACCUGCUGACUGAUUUCCCACCUGUGUUGCUUCACAUGCCCUUCCUGGAGGUUAUUGAUGUGGAUCGCAAUGCCAUCAGUUACUUUCCCAGUCUGAAGCACCUUAGCAAUUUGAAACUGGUGAUCUAUGACCACAACCCCUGUAGAAAUGCACCCAAGGUAGCUAAGGGAGUGCAUAGAGUCGGGAGAUGGUCUGAGGAGAGCCCCGAGCCUAGGAAACGAUCCGGCCUGGACAGGGACAAAGGAUCUGAGGACAUUGAUUUCAUUCUUCCUCCUCCUCUCUCUUGCAGACAGUCUCGGUCUAAUUAA